AAACGCUCUUUAUUUCAUGCUAACAAAGAAACUAAACUCCUCGCACAUACUGCCCUCGUCAGGUCGCAGUUGGAAUAUGCAUCCAUCAUAUGGCACCCUCAUCAGCUUUACUUAACCAACCAUAUUGAGGGACUUCAAAAUAAAGCUGCAAGAUUUAUAACUCGCGACUUCUCCCGUACUUCCAGUGUGUCUAACAUAAAACGUAACCUCAACUUAACCCAACUGCAGUAUAGACGAUGUACUUCUCGCGAGUCAUUUUUCCGCAAGCUCUAUCAUGGAUCAUCUCCCUUUAGGAACUCAUUCAUUGAGCCUGCACAUCGCAUUUCGUCUCGCGUAGAUCACUUUAAAGUAUCACCCAACUUUGCCCACGCUAACUUGUUCAAGAAUUCUCCUCUGGUUCUUGCAAUCUCCGAAUGGAAACGCCUGCCCAGGGAAAUCGCAUUAAUCACUUCAUCUGAUAUGUUCAUUAGUUCCUUAAGUAAUAUGUACCAACUUAUAUAG